AUGCACUGGAAGACUUUGCUACUGCUGCUUUUCUAUUAUAAUGCUCAUGCCACUGUGAGCCCGAGGUGGAACAGAGCCAUGCUUUUCCCAGAUGCUCAGCGGCUUAAGAGAUGGUCGUCAUCUGCCCCCGUGAGCCCGGUGCUGCAGAACUCGCUGGAUGAUGUGAACAUGCUUUUUGAGUUUCUUUUAGCUGAGAUUGAAAUUGACAGAAGUCUGAGGAUCUCCAUAAAAGACGAGGAGCUGGCUUCGCUGAGGAAGGCCAAAGAAUUUGACACUGUCUGCAAUGACAUUAUCCCCAAGAGCAUCACAGAGAUUCGUCGGCUGAGUGCCAGGCUGUCUGACUACCCGAGGGUCCUAAAGAAAGAAGAUUUUGAAAGGACAGUGUUGACCAUGGUCUACACAGCCUACAGGGCAGCUCGAUCUCGGAUGCACCAGAAAGACUCUUGGGCUGAAUCCUUCAUCAGUCUCUACAAGGCCCUGAAGCAGGACUUGAUGUUCUCAUACAGCAAAAAGCCAUUGCAUUGA